CUGCGACGUUCGUUCAAUUGCAUCAAAUCCCAACAUCGGGAGCGCCGAGUGCCGACCAGAAGUGGUUCAAGGUUGAAGACAGCGCAUGCGUGAUUGCAGCCGCAUCGUAACGACUUGCGCCUCCUGUUCGCGACACUCGACGGCCACAAGGAUCAUAGCCUUGCCAUCAUGGAGCCUUCGGAGCCCAGCGGUGGUGCUGGAGUCAUGUCCAUCGACGAGUUACCGGACGAUGUGGACUACUCCAUGGCUGCUGAGGCCUCCUCGCGGGCCGCCGCCCAGCAUCGCGAGGUCAUGCGUGCAUUGGACGAACGUGUAGCCGCUCGCAGCAUGGCGGUGCCUACCAAUGACAAACAAGUGCGACUGCGGCUGCGAGAGCUUGGCGAGCCUAUCACACAGUUUGGGGAGCGCGAAGUGGACAGACGAGAGCGCUUGCGAUCCGUGCUCACGAAUAUCAGGAUGCGGGCAGAAGAGGAAGGCGAAGAUGUGGGCGGCGAUGUGGUCAAGAGUGAGAGCGAGGAUAGCGAGGAAGAUCAGGAAGAAGAGUUCUACACUGAAGGGAGCAGCGAGCUGCUAGACGCACGGAGGCGGAUUGCGUCUUUCUCACUAGCUAGAGCCAAGAAGCGGAUUGCGUCACAACGACAGCAAGCUCAAAUAUCUCUGCGAUCAGUCGUGCAACGAAGAAAGGCCAUCUUUGAGCCGCUAAAAACGUUGACGAAUCUCGGCUCGCAAAUCGGCGAUGAACGGCCGAUCUCUGUCGUUCGCUUCUCUCCCGACAGCAAAUCUCUUCUCACUGCCAGCUGGAGUGGCAUGAUCCGGCGGUGGAACGUCCCAUCUGCAACUUCCAUCUCGUCUUUUCGGGCGCAUACCGAAAAGGUUGGCGGGCUGGCAUGGCAUCCUGCGGCAACGCUUUUGCAAUCAGAAAGUGCUGUGAAUUUCGUCAGCGGAGGUGGAGAGGGGAAAGUCUGUCUUUGGUCAUUAGACAAGGAUAAGCCUCUCCGCACCCUCGAAGGGCAUGCAGCACGAGUAUGUCGAACGACCUUUCACCCGUCCGGCAACUAUGUCGCAUCCGCCAGCUAUGACGGCACUUGGCGACUGUGGGAUGUGGAGAACGGAAAAGAGCUGCUUUUGCAGGAAGGUCACUCGAAAGAGGUGUAUGCGGUCGAGUUCCAGGAGGAUGGCGCCUUGAUUGCAAGUGGAGGGCUAGAUGCUAUUGGGCGAGUCUGGGACGUUCGAACAGGCCGGACAGCGAUGGUCUUAGCUGGGCACGCAAAGGAAAUUCUCUCCAUCGACUUUUCUCCCAACGGGUACCAGUGCGCGACAGCCAGCGGUGAUGACACUGUGCGAAUAUGGGACAUGCGAGCCCUCAAGACCAUCUACACCAUUCCGGCACACAAGAGCUCGGUAUCUGACGUGAGAUUCUUCCGAGCGGCAGAAGAACGAAGACAACUGCUCGGUUUCGGCUUGUUCAAUGGAGCUGCGCCCAGAGAAAGCAAGAACGGGGGAGAGGGUGCGAUGGAUGUCGAUCUGAGCAGCGCGCCACUCAAUGGUACAUCUUCAGCAAAUGAAGAACCCCAACUCACGCUUUCGGGACUCUACUUAGCUACAGCUGGGUAUGACGGAUUUCUCAAAGUCUGGAGCGCCGAUGAUUGGCAGCUAAUGCGCAGUUUGAGCGGUGAUGCGGGCAAGGUCAUGAGCGUCGACAUUUCAUCAGGUGAGGAACGCUAUUUCGGUCUUCCACUUCUUCGGCUAGAGACCAGAGCUUAGCCAUUCCUGCCCGCGUCAGCAGCAUCGAGGCUCUGCGCGGUUGGCGUUGAGUGCUUGCCGCUGCGUUGGGCCGCAGGUCUUCGUUGCUCGACGCGGCGUAGAAGAAGGAUAUUUGGUCGGCUUGCGUAUACCGCGUGCAGGAAUGAUGCUGACACGCUUCGUCUUGGCAGAUCGGCAAUACUUGGCAAGUGGAGA